CGACGACGACAACAACAACAGCGACGACGAAGACGACGACGAUGACGAAGGCAACGUAGACGACGGAUAGGGGGCGUAACAUCGGAGGACUAACGCCGAUCUGUCAUAGUCGAACGGUUGCUUUAUCGUGUUUUCUUGUUUAAGUGGUUCAGGUGAUAAUCAGCAAAGUGUUUCAGAAUUACCUGCAAACGCGUACGUCAUUUUAUAUAUAACAGUAUUUAUACGGCCACAGCGUCAUUCGUAACGCAGCGAUUAAGAAUUUUCACUUGUUUCUUUGCACGCAUCUCUCCUCCUCCUCAUAGUCUUGUCUCUUUUAAAUGCAUAAACAUACACCCUCCACCAACCCCCGACCAUCUUUCGUGUCGAGCAUUCAAAAUCAUUAAUAUUGUCGACGAUUAUCUUCCAAGCGAUCGAUUGUAUUUCUCUUGUAGUUGUCAACAAAUUUAAUGCAUUAAAAAUUUGUCGGCGCAACUGAUAAUGUCUAAAAAUUUUGAAUUUUCUAAGGCCCAUCAGCAGAACGAGAUUUUAAUUCUAGAGCAUUGAUCCAAACGGUCCUGCUGCCUAUACGCCAAAAAUGACCGACUCGAAAUAUUUCACCACCACUAAAAAAGGAGAAAUAUUUGAAUUAAAGUCAGAACUCAACAAUGAUAAAAAAGAAAAAAAGAAAGAAGCUGUCAAAAAGGUGAUUGCGUCAAUGACAGUUGGUAAAGAUGUUUCAGCUCUCUUUCCCGAUGUAGUCAAUUGCAUGCAAACAGAUAAUCUAGAAUUGAAGAAGUUGGUGUACCUUUAUCUUAUGAACUAUGCUAAAAGCCAGCCAGAUAUGGCAAUUAUGGCAGUCAACACAUUCGUUAAGGAGCUAACAACAUCUCCGAUGACUAAGGACUGCGAGGAUCCGAACCCCCUGAUUCGUGCAUUAGCCGUUCGCACCAUGGGUUGCAUUCGAGUUGACAAAAUCACGGAAUAUCUCUGUGAGCCACUGCGAAAGUGUUUGAAAGACGAGGAUCCAUAUGUUAGAAAGACCGCGGCCGUAUGCGUCGCUAAGCUCUAUGACAUUAAUGCCGUCUUGGUGGAAGAUCAAGGAUUUUUGGACCAGCUAAAGGAUUUACUCUCAGACAGCAAUCCGAUGGUAGUGGCAAACGCGGUGGCAGCCUUAUCCGAAAUCAACGAGUCGAGUUCCAGUGGGCAGCCCCUCGUUGAAAUGAAUGCACAAACCAUCAACAAGCUUCUUACGGCCUUAAAUGAGUGUACCGAAUGGGGGCAAGUAUUUAUUCUAGAUUCCCUCGCUAAUUAUUCGCCUAAAGAUGAUAGAGAGGCUCAGAGUAUUUGCGAAAGAAUCACUCCACGUUUAGCGCAUGCAAACGCAGCUGUAGUUCUAUCGGCAGUUAAGGUAUUAAUGAAAUUGAUGGAAAUGCUGCAAUUCGAGUCGGACUUUGUGGGGACUUUAACGAAAAAACUCGCACCACCACUGGUUACCCUACUUAGCUCAGAGCCAGAAGUCCAAUACGUCGCUCUCAGGAAUAUAAAUCUCAUUGUUCAAAAGAGGCCAGAUAUAUUGAAGCACGAAAUGAAAGUAUUCUUUGUCAAAUACAACGAUCCGAUUUACGUGAAACUCGAAAAAUUAGAUAUCAUGAUAAGAUUGGCGUCGCAAACCAACAUAGCUCAAGUAUUGUCCGAGCUCAAAGAGUACGCCACGGAGGUGGACGUGGACUUUGUGAGAAAGGCCGUGAGGGCUAUUGGUCGUUGCGCCAUUAAGGUCGAGCCGUCCGCCGAGCGUUGCGUCUCCACUUUGCUGGAACUCAUUCAGACGAAGGUUAAUUACGUCGUUCAAGAGGCGAUCGUCGUUAUUAAAGAUAUCUUUCGCAAAUAUCCCAAUAAGUACGAGAGCAUCAUAUCGACGCUCUGUGAGAAUUUGGAUACGUUGGACGAACCCGAAGCCAGGGCUUCCAUGAUUUGGAUUAUCGGAGAGUACGCCGAACGCAUUGAUAACGCUGAUGAAUUGCUCGAAAGCUUCCUCGAAGGCUUCCACGAUGAAAAUACUCAAGUGCAGCUGCAGCUGCUCACUGCUAUCGUUAAACUUUUCUUAAAAAGGCCGACCGACACGCAAGAGCUCGUGCAGCAAGUAUUGAGCCUCGCGACACAAGACUCGGAUAAUCCAGAUUUGAGGGACCGAGGGUUCAUUUAUUGGAGAUUGCUCAGUACGGAUCCUGCGGCUGCUAAGGAAGUCGUUCUCGCGGAAAAGCCAUUGAUAUCGGAGGAAACGGAUCUAUUGGAGCCAACGCUAUUGGACGAGCUUAUUUGUCAUAUUUCUAGCUUAGCCUCGGUAUACCACAAGCCACCCACGGCCUUUGUCGAAGGACGCGCAGCGGGCAUGAGAAAGUCAUUGCCCGCGAGGAAUAGCUCGAACGAGGAUGCGGCCACGCGAGCGCAACCCGAGGCUCAAGUUAUUCCAGCCCAAGACUCGCUUAUCGGCGAUUUACUUAGCAUGGACAUUGGCGGCUCGUCCGUAGUCACACCCACACCACAGGCCUCCUCGGGCUUAGGUUUGGAUCUUUUGAGUGGCCUUGAUGCCAUACUCGGAGGUGCUGACGCGGGCCCAGCGCCAGCCGUCUCACAAACCACAACUGGCCUACUCGGCGAUAUAUUUGGCUUUAAUCAAGGCACCGUCUCCUACGUGGCGCCAAAAAUCAAUUGGCUCUCGGCCGAUAAGGGCAAAGGUUUCGAUAUAUGGGGUACAUUUUCGAGAAAGGAUGGCCAAAUAAACAUGGAAAUGAGAUUUACGAACAAAACUAUGCAGCCAAUGGGUGGCUUUGCCAUUCAAUUAAAUAAGAAUAGCUUUGGUUUGACACCUUCGGCGCCGCUCCAAGUGCCGGCCCCAUUAAAUCCUGGUCAGAGCAUUGACACAAAUGUAAUCUUGUCGACUGCCGGGGCAGUACAGCGAAUGGAGCCUCUUAAUAAUCUUCAGGUUGCCAUAAAGAAUAAUAUUGAUAUUUUUUAUUUUGCUUGCAUAGUACCUAUGCAUGUUUACUUCACUGAAGAUGGACAAUUGGAUAAGAGGGUAUUCCUUUCGACGUGGAAGGAUAUUCCCGCUCAAAACGAACUUAAUUACAUUCUAUCUGGCAUAAUGUUAACGACCGAUCAAGUAGUGACGAAAAUGCAACAAAAUAAUGUAUUUACAAUAGCAAAAAGAAACGUAGAGGGACAGGAUAUGUUAUAUCAGUCGCUUAAACUUACGAAUAAUGUUUGGGUGCUCGUAGAAUUGAAAAUUCAACCUGGAAAUCCAGAUAUUUUGUUAUCAUUGAAGUCAAGAUCGGUGGAAGUGGCGGCUGGAAUAUUUCAAGCAUACAAUACUAUUUUACUUUAAUAAAUUUAUAUCAUUCCAUUAAUAUUCAAGUUUUGUGUACAUUUGUUGAUUAUGAUAUUAUCGACUGUUGGUGCCUGAUGCGAACAAAAAAUCUUUAGACCCAUCUCAUUAUGAAUUCUGUAAAAUUCUAGUUUUAGUAAUUUCUUUUAUGUAUAAUUGUGGCAUCAGACUGCAGAUAUAUAUGUAUAAAAUAUA